UUUGCAAGCUCGGUAUUUUCCCAGCACUUCACAUGACGUCUGAAUUGAAAUUUCUAUUCCAUCGUCCGCGAGAGUAGUCAAGCACUUAAGCUAUCAAAUCUAAAAGACCAUAACACCUCCAUCAUCUCCCACAAUUCUUCAUCGUCCAAGAACCCCACCCAAGAAACGAAGGGCAAGAUCGUCUUUUCAACGCCUCAACUCCCCUCCUCCGGCGACUGCAAGCGAUGCCAAAUGACCCCAGCUCCUGCUCCCACUGGUGGCACGCCCCCGUCUACCUCGUCGCUACCGUGGCCCUCGUCGUCGCCGCCCUCUCCUCUUCCUCCUUUUCCUCGUCCGGCCAUCGUCCGCCGUCCGGCGAUGCGACUCCGAACGCCACCGCCUGGCCCCGACCCGCCGCCGACCUGUCGCCAGACGCUGCCCUAGCUCUCCAUCACGCCGGCUUCCACCUCAUGGCCGCAAUCCUCCAGAUCUCCCCCGCCUCCCUCCUCCCCCCCGCCCAGCCCGCUACCCUCUUCGCCAUCCCCGAUGCCGCCGUCGCCGACCUCUCCUUCCCCGUCGCUGAGCACCUUUUCCACUACCACACCGUACCGCUCCGCCUCUCCCUCUCCGACAUGCUCAAGAUGCCCCGUGGCAGCUGCCUCCCCACCCUCCACCGCUCCAAGAACCUCGUGAUCACCGCAUCCGACGGCCUCGAUCGCUCCAUCAGCAUCAACGGCGUCCCCAUCUCCCACCCCGACGCCUUCCUUCACGGGCUCCACGCGAUCCACGGCGCCAGCGGCGCGUUCUACCGAUUCGACAGCCAAGAUCCCGUCCCCGACGCGAUCUGCGACGCAAAGACGCCCAUUGGUGCGCCGCCGGUGGUGCCGUGGGCCAGGGUGGUGCAGGCGCUGGGGGUGCGGGGAUACGUGUCCUUCUCCGUGGGGCUCAGCGCGGUUAUUGACGCGGUUGCCCGCGACUCGCUGGCGCUAGACCACGUUACGGUGUUCGCGCCGCAGGACAGCGGGUUCGAUCACGUGGCAUCGCCCGCUCCGCUGCUGGAGCACGUGGUGAAGCGCCACGUGGCCGUCGGGCGGUUCGCGUACGGGGUGCUUGCGGCGAUGCCCGUGGGGCAGCCGAUCCGGACGCUGGCCAAGGACGCGGAGCUUCGGAUCACCACUAAUGGCAGUACCGGCGUGGUGGCAAUCGACGGCGUGGAGAUCACCGAACCAGAGGCGUACACCAUCGAAGGGGUGGUGGUACACGGGAUCUGUAGGGCUUUUGAACCGAAGCCGCUCUCUACCUAAUUGAUCAAAGACCGUCCGAUGUUCGAUUUAUUUUGCUGCAUAGACGGUCUAUUCAACGUCUUGUUGAAGGCGAACACGGAUCACAUGGUUGUCAUGUUGUGAUCAGAUGUAUGUAUGAUAUAGCAAGUACAAUGUUACAAUGUAUGAUAUGGAUCUGGUUCAAAACUGGACUAGUCCGGAUUGAGUUCAUACUGGUCAAGUUUGCUGGAUUAAAUGCAAUUGUUUUGGUUCAUUGAA